GUUUCAUUGCUUUUUCAAUCCUGCCCUACCUCUCCUUCAGAGUAAAGCUCUUUAUAGGUCUCUCACCUGCCUACACCCUGGAAGGUAUUAGGGGGAUGUUUGGUGUACUUGGAAGAAUUCCUGAUGGACUCACAAGACUAAUAUGGGGCACUAAGGAAUUUUCCCUUUUUAGUGAGAGACAAAAAACCAUCCUGACCUAUGCAUGCAGCUAUCCAGUGAUUGACCAGCUUUGCCUCCUAAAUCUUUUCCUUGUAGGAGGAUGGAAUGAGAAAAACAUAAAUGUAAGUCGAGCGGAUGUAUAUACUGCAAUCUUUCCUGAUCGUUCAUCUGUAAAAAACAUUAAUCACUGGAGCCAGACAACACCUCCAUUUUAUAAAAUUGAAGAUGUUAGUGUGCCAGUAGCGGUGUGGGGUGCAGGAAAAGAUAUUGGUAUAACCAGAAGUAAUAUUGAAUCAUUGGUAACUCGAAUCACUCAUUUAGUUUUCUAUAAGGAUAUUCCGGAUUGGGAACAUUUUGAUCUUCUCUUUGGUCUGGAUGCUCCCCAUCGCUUGUAUCGCGAUGUCGUUGAACUGAUGCAGAAGUACAAGUAUUAA